AUGGUAAUCAAUCUACUAUUUAUUGACUCUUAUGACUCCUUUUCCUAUAAUUUAGUGAACUUGAUUCGGGCCCAAAAUGACCAGGUUCACGUCACCAUCAUUCAUAACAAUACAUUUGCAACUUUUGCAGAAUUGCAACGGUUUUUGAUCUAUUUUGACUGCAUUGUGGUGGGACCUGGCCCAGGAAAUCCAGAAAAUGGUUACAAAGAUGUAGGAUUCCUCAAUGAAAUGUUCAGCAACGAUUUACAGGUUCCAGUCUUGGGCAUCUGCCUGGGAUUUCAAGUGAUGUGCCGGGCAGUGGGAUGUAGUAUUGAGCAAUUGCUCGAAAUCAAACAUGGACAAGUAUAUACGAUGGAAACGGUGGGUCCUGAACUGGCAAAAAAGGAGAAUUUAGAAAAACCAAUUUUGUUUGAAAACUACCCUUCCAAUUUCCAGUCAGUACGCUACCACUCGUUGCAUGUGUUAACCGCUAGUGACUGUCAAAAAGUUGUUCCACUUUGCUAUACGUCAGAUGAAAACGGGAAGGUGCUUAUGGGUGCUCAAAUUGCAGAAACUCCAUGGUACGGUGUCCAAUAUCAUCCGGAGUCCUGCUGCUCGGAUUUGGGUGGUCUUCUCAUUAGUAAUUUCUUGAACAUUGCACACAAUUACAACAAGUCGCACGCAAGGGUGCAGUCUCGCCACUGUUUAGUGGACGAUGACCUACAAAAACAAAAUGGAAUCGCAUUUUUGGAUAAAACCAUUGAUAAAAGCAGUGUCUAUGAAAAGAAAAAGCCUAAAGAGGCAGAACUAUUCAUAAAAGAAUGCAGCAUAACUCCAAAUCCAAGAUUAGCUGUAAACAUUUGCGAUGCUUUGGAUGUACCGUUUUUCUUGAUGUCUUCAUCGACUAUACAGAAUAAUAGAGGCGAAUACUCCAUAAUAGCAUUACCAAAUGACCAAUCAACAGUCUUUACGCACUACGAUCAGCUGCACAAGACGCUGGUUCAUAAGUGGCGAGAUCCCGCAAUUGAUAAAAACGCACUGGCAGAUACAUUGUCCGGUAGCGGUACAGAUAGAGAAGGAAUUAAGUGCAUUAACGAAUAUAAGUCCCAGUUUUGGAUAACGGUAGGAGAUUUUAUGAAGGACCGCUUGGUCUCCAACCGUCCUGACUUGCCAUUCGUUGGCGGCCUGGUAGGUGUUUUAGGCUACGAAAUGGGCAAUUUCACCACGAAUAGAGAGACAGGGAAGCCAGUACCAGAUGCAAAGCUGGUGUUUAUAGAGAACAGUAUCGUGGUGGACUUGAAGAAGGGAACUGUCUCUUUCAUUUCACUCAGCAAUAGCUUCCCCAUUGACGUUGAAGAAUCUGUUCGUGAGGUACUUUCUGCGGGCAGCGCCGCCUCAACAGUGUCGGAAAUGUCAAAGUUGCCAAACGGGGUUGACUAUAGCAUAAAAAUGGCAUCGAAGGAAAAAUAUGCUGAAGCUUUCAAUAAAUCUCAACGUUAUUUGCACCAAGGAGACUCUUAUGAAGUCUGCUUAACGUCGCAAACUGAGGUAAGACCAACUGAACGGAUUGACCCAUGGCGGAUAUUCAAGACACUGAUACAAAGAAACCCGGCUCCGUUUUCGAGUUUUUUUGAAUUCAGUGAUGUGGAAGCCGGGGUUUCGGAUUUGUGCUUAUUGUCGACGUCGCCAGAACGAUUCUUGAAAUGGGACAGAGAGUCGUGCGAGCUAAGGCCUAUUAAGGGCACGGUAAAAAAAGAUGAAUUCUCCACGUUGAAGUCUGCGACUGAAAUACUAAAGACGCCCAAAGAGUUUGGAGAAAAUUUGAUGAUUUUAGACUUGAUUCGCAACGACCUGUAUGAGUUAUUGGACACUGUGACCGUGGACGAGCUCAUGUCAGUGGAAGAAUAUGAGACGCUGUAUCAGCUGGUAAGCGUUGUCAAGGGACACGGUCUUGAGAAAUCGGCAUAUUCGGGAAUUGAUCUGCUCCGACACUCACUACCAGCUGGUUCUAUGACUGGCGCUCCCAAAAAGAAUACAGUUGAGUUGCUACAAAACGAUAUAGAGACUGAUCUCAAUGCCCAUCUCACCGUAUCAGGCGCACGCGGGGUAUAUUCCGGAGUUACAGGUUACUGGAGUUGCAACGAUCGUGGUGACUGGUCGGUUAAUAUCCGGUGCAUGUAUUCCUACGACGAUGCCGAAUCUUGGCGUUUGGGAGCGGGUGGUGCCAUCACCGUCUUGAGCACACUUGAGGGAGAAUGGGAGGAAAUGCACACCAAAUUGUCUAGUGCGUUGCAAAUAUUUCGGGAUAAUUGA